AUGGUCUUCACAGCCAUUCGAUCGUCGUUCCCUCGGUUCCGCACCAUGUCCUCCUCACCGCUCCACACGCAGUCGCGCAAUGUCUCUUUCUCUUCGUAUCUGGUGACUCCCAAGCAGCUCAAUGAAGCUCUGAGAAAGAACCCCCCAGGUGGAACCAAGAUCUCGACCUCACCGCGUGUGAUUCCUCUCAACGCAGCAUGGUUCAUGCCAAACGACCCCGAGGGUCGCAAGGGGAUUGAGUCCUUCCGUCACUCGCGCAUCCCCCAGGCUCGAUUCUUUGACCUGGAUGCCAUCAAAGAUCCGGACUCGCCUUACCCCCACAUGCUCCCCACGUGCGAGACAUUCGCCGAGGCAAUGAGCGAGCUUGGGAUUCGUCGCGACGAUGAGAUCGUGGUUUACGAUACUGCGGAGCUGGGGAUCUUCAGCGCACCGCGUGUGGGCUGGACACUGCGUGUCUUUGGUCAUCCUAAUGUACACGUCUUGAAUAACUAUCGUCUGUGGGUGCAGGAGGGCCUCCCAACUGAAAGCGGGGAACCGGCGCCAGUGGAGAAGACUAAAUACUCUGUCCCCGUUUAUGACUCGCGACUGGUGAUCUCUUUCCGGGAGAUGAAAGAGCUGGCUCUGGACUAUGGAAAAGAGGGAGCCGAGGAAAUCGAAAUCCUGGAUGCGCGGUCCUACGGGCGCUGGGCUGGAACCGACCCGGAGCCGCGCCCAGGUCUGUCCUCUGGUCAUCUCCCCGGCUCAAAGAGCCUUCCCUUCCAAGAGUUGCUGGACCCGGAGACCAAGGCAUAUCUCUCAGCGGAAGACUUGCGUAAGGUCUUUGAGGAACGCCAGGUCGACCCCAACCAAACCAUCAUCAGCUCUUGCGGCACAGGUGUGACUGCUUCAAUUAUCGAGACAGCUCUGGCUGUGGCCGAACACGGUGACCCUAACCUGCGUCGGGUGUAUGAUGGCAGCUGGACUGGUCUACUCUCUUCCGAUCUAGGGUCUCUACCCUGCUCAAACAUGUCAACAGGACGCAAAGUUUUCCACUGUGCUGUGGAUGAGACUGCUCUGUCCACCAACAUCUCUGAAAUCAAGAAAUGGACCACCAACGGUGCUAUUGACCUGGUGGUCCCCCUCUACACUCUCGAACGACUCCAUGCGCUCAAGCGGGCCGGCUCCCAGGUCGCCAUCAACGCCCGUGAGGCCGUGCGCUUCCUCGAUCGUGUCACCUCCGGCAAGGACCACAUUGCUGCCGACCGGGUAAUUCUCCAGGGCCCGAUGGAACAAUACGAUCGCUGGGAAGAAGCCGAGAAAUUCUUCUUGCCGGAAUUCGAGGAGGAGCCGGAAGCGAUCGACGACCUUGUCAAUGGCGAUCAUGCGACCGAUCCUACCGAACUCGCGGACACCGGGAGCGACCCCAAGAACGAAUCGGACGACCUGUCGCAAAUGCUUCUCUCCAAGCUCAACUUCAAGAAAGAUCCAGAGGCUGCGUCGAUCACUUCUAUUGGUACGCCCAGUGGACCUGGGUCGCGCACGUCCUCUCGCAGCUCUCGCACUAGCCCAGAGUGCGCCCAACACAACAGCAAUGGAACCAAGAAUGAUAAAUCCAAAUCCAAGUCCAACCAUCAGCGCACCACCUCUGGGUCGGUCAUCCCGACUGCACCUUCCUCCCUGCGCCCUUUGCUGAGUGCCCUACUAUGGCGUCUGCACAAGGGUCCCGAUGCUGAGAACUCGACCAAGACUUGUAUUUUGAUCACCAAUGACCGCGCGACUCAGGUUUGGGCCCAGAAGUUCGGGAUUGGAGUCAAGAACAUUCUCCAGUUGCGCACUGCUAUUCAGUACGAGGAGCGCGAAUACAAAAACCGCUGCAAGUACGUUGAGAAGACCCAGACACAACCUCAGCCUGAGCCGAAGACUCUUCUAUCCUACGAGGAAGAAAGCGACGAGGACGAGUUGGUCUUUGUACCGCGGGGUCGUGGUAAGGCUCCUCCUCGUGGUUCCUCUCGCGGUGCCUCCCGUGGCGGCUCACGCAAGACUGCCCCCAAGCCUCCUCCCGCUCCGGUCGAGCCUACGGCAUCUGUUGACGUCCCAACUCAACCUAUCGACCCCGACUCUUUCAGCCGGUCACUGGGUGGCGCACCCAAGCCGCCUCCCGCGGAUCUGAAUACACCGUCCACUGCUGCCCGCGGUUCCCCAGGCGCGUCACGUCGCUCAUCAAACGGUCGUCGGGGUGCUGCUCGCGGUGCGCGAGGCAGUGGACGCGGUCGAGGCAAGCUCUGGGUUCCUUGA